AUGGAAAUUGAUGAAAAGGAUGACGAAAGACCAGGAACAAGUAUUUCAGAUAUUUCAGACGAUGAAAUAAGUGAGGCCGAAGAAUUGAAGGAACAUACCUACAAAGUGUUGGGACAUGACACUUUCGUAAAUUUAAAGAGAAUCCAUGUUGUACCAACAUGGGUUAAACAAGGUGAAACAUUUGCAUCGGAACUGAAUAAAGAAAGUUGUGCAGAGCUUGAUUUUGUCAAAGGUUUACACCCUUUACUUGCAUGUCGUGUCAGAGAGCACCUCAGGCAAUGGUAUCCUGUCCAGCGGACAGUUCUUCCACAUCUCGUGGCUGCAACCAACACUUGUUCGAUUUUUCCUCCAAGAGAUUUAGUUAUUAGUUCUCCAACGGGUAGUGGUAAAACUUUGUGUUAUGUAAUUCCAAUUUUAAAUGCCUUGCGUGCAUGCACAAUGAUGGAUUGUCUUUUUGCACUGAUUGUAGUACCAGUACAGAAUCUUGUUGAUCAAAUAGAAAAGGAGUUCAAAAAAUAUAACGUUUUCAAUGUGUGUAUCGUUUCACUUUGCGGUAGUCAUGAUGUUAAUGUUGAAAGACAGCAGCUCGAAAGUGCAAAUAUAGUGAUAGCAACGCCAGGUCGUUUGAUGGAGCACAUAACUGAUCUGGAUUUUCCGGCCGAUUUUACACACUUAAGAUAUUUAGUAGUGGAUGAAGCAGAUCGCAUGUCACAUACAGCUCGUAUCGAAUGGCUUAACAAUCUCGAAGCUGCUGCGAAUUAUAAUCAUAACUGUGUCACAAUUGAUGAUCUUUAUAACGCAAGUUUCUUGCAAAAGAUACUCUUGUCUGCUACCUUAUCUUUAGAUGUUGAAGACCUGCAUGAAUGGCGUCUUCGGCAUCCUUGUCUAUUCAAAGCAGUGAAAGAAGAUGUUGUCGUAACGAAUGAGUUAAGCUUGAACAGUGUUAUCAUCCCAAACUCAUUAAAGAUCGAGUAUAUUGUUUGUGAUACAAAAUUCAAACCGCUUGUAACACAUGAACGAAUCGAGGGACGAAAAUCUUGGAAAAAAAUUUUAAUAUUUGUUAACAGCAAGUUAGCUAGCUAUCGACUCGCAGUACUAUUGAAAAUGCUUAGUGUUGGGAAGUAUCAAGUCGAAGAACUCUCAUCAAAUCUUUUUGGUAAUCGUCGACAGAAAGUAUUAGCAAGGUUUAGAAAAGGAACCACAAGAGUGCUUAUUUCAAGUGAUGUCUUGUCUCGCGGGAUUGAUGUUAUGGACAUUGAUGUCGUAAUUAAUUAUGAUAGACCACUUAAUGAGAAAUUAUUUGUUCAUCGAGUGGGGCGAACAGCAAGAUGUGGCAAGAAGGGAAGAGCCAUUUUCCUUAUUACAGCUAAAGAAAAAAAAGAUUUCCAAGCUACCCUUCAAACAGUUUCUUUUACCGGAAAGGUUAAAGAAAGGAAUUUUGAAGGUGUGAAAGAUGCUGAAACAGGAGAACUAUAUGGACAAGCAUUAACAAAGCUUAAAGAAACUUUACAAAAUACACAAAAGGCGAGCAUCAGGAAGAAUGGAAGUUUCAAAAAGCGAUGGAAGAAAGUUACGAAAUCAUGA